AGCAAAAGGGGCGCAAGUGGCUGCAACUAUGGUCAACAAAUGUUUCCUGCCAAUCAUCAGCAAGUACAAGUAUACCCCGAAGAUGUUCCAGAAGGGAAUAUUCAAGAUGUGCGUCGUCUUCCGCUUUUGCUAUCAUAAGUACGUGACAAUGCGAGCGACCAACAAUACGGAUGUAAACCGCGACAAAACAUAUGACUGCAUUGCUAAGAUGGCAUCGCUUCUCACUGUUGACCUCAAUCCGGAAUGGAUAGAAAAGACGGACCUGGCCAACCCCAAAGGGCUGUAUUAUGAAGGCGCUGAAUGCGCGAGGAAACACAAGAUCUUCCCAGAGGAUACGGCUAGUCUCAUGUUUACGCUAAAGUGGGUUAGGGACACUCUCUUCUAGACGGCACACACAUCCGUUCGUUGAAGCGCUG